AUGGCUCGUCCUACAGGACCUAAUGCUCCUCGUUCUCGAAUUGACCCUAAUCAGAUUCCUUCACCAGUUACUGUCCAAGAACAGGAUCAAGAACUUUUUGAUGAAAAACCUUAUAUGACUUGCUCUAAAUCAAAUAUACCUCUUGCGAGCACUGACUUUAAAGCUAUUGAUGAAGGAAAUUCAAAUCCUCGAUUCAUGAGAUUGACGCUAUAUUCCAUACCGAAUACAGAAGAUCUUCUUCAAACAUCUCACUUGCCUCUUGGUGUUAUUUUACAACCUAUGGCCAAAUUGAGAAAUGACGAGGCUCCUAUCGAACUAGUUGAUUUCCAGGAAAACGGGCCAGUUCGAUGUCGUCGCUGUAAAGCUUACAUAAAUCCUUUUGCUAUCUUUGUGGAAGGUGGUCAAAAAUUUAUAUGUAACAUGUGUUUAUUUUCCAAUGAAGUUCCACCAGAAUAUUUCUGUCAUCUAGACAUGAAUGGACGACGUGCUGAUAUAGACCAGAGACCAGAAUUAAAAUAUGGGACAGUAGAAUUUACCGCACCAGAAGAAUAUUGGGCUAGGCCUCCGACACCUUUAUCACACGUUUUUGCCAUUGAUGUUUCUUGGAAUGCUAUUAAAAGUGGGAUGCUUGCGAAGUGUGUAGAAACUAUUAGAGACAUAUUAUUUAAUAGCCCAAAUAGUAUACCACCAGGAGGUAAAGUUGGUAUUAUUACUUUCGACAAAGACGUUCAUUUUUAUAAUCUACAGUCUCAACUUGAACAAGCACAAAUGCUUGUUGUUUCUGAUAUUAACGAUGUAUUUGUUCCGCUCAAUUCUGGAUUUUUGGUUGACCCAAUUGAAUCCAGAGCUGUUAUAGAAGGUCUUUUGGAAUCAUUAUCAAUAAUGUUUGCUGAGAAUAAGGCCAUAGAAUCCGUAUUAGGUGCCGUUGCUGAAGCAGCUCACAUGGCUUUGAGUGCAACCGGUGGAAAAUUAAUAAUUUUCCAAACUUCUCUUCCAACAUUCGGACCCGGAGCUAUUAAACACCGUGAGGAUUCGAAAUUAUAUAAUACGGAUAAGGAGAGAUCUUUGUUUUGUCCUCAAGAUAGUUAUUAUAAGAACCUGGCGAUUAAUUGCGUAGAUGCUGGAAUUUGUGUCGAUUUGUUCCUUUUCCCCAAUACUUACCUUGAUAUAGCAACUAUUGGGCUACUGUCCUGUUUAACCGGUGGUGAAACGUAUUAUUAUCCUAAUUUUGAUGUUCAAAGAGACGGUGGAAAAUUUGCAUAUGAAUUGCAUCAAAACAUCACAAGAGAAUUUGGGUAUAAUUCGCUUAUGAGAAUUCGGUGUUCUAAUGGCUUGAGAGUUGAAGAACAUUUUGGUAAUUUCAAUAUGCGUAAUACGACCGAUAUUGAACUCGCAGGCAUUGAUAGCGAUAAAGCAUUUGGUGCUUUGCUUAAAUAUGAUGGCAAACUUGAUGAGAAAACAGAUGCAUAUAUUCAAUGUGCGCUUUUAUACACAACGGCGACUGGACAACGUAGGGUGCGAACACAUAAUUUGAGUGUCUCAGUUACGACACUACUUGGCAAUGUAUUUCGACAUGCUGAAAUGGAUACUACAGUUAACUUGUUGGUUAAACAAGCUGUAUCGAAUACAAUUACCAAGCCAUUGCGUGAUAUUCGUGAUCAAAUAACAGAUAGAUGCGUAAAAAUAUUGUUAUCAUAUCGAAGACACUGUGCUUCUUCAAGUUCUCCAGGGCAGCUCAUUUUGCCAGAAGCAUUCAAAUUAUUUCCUUUAUAUGCUUUAACAAUGUUAAAAUCUAAAGCACUUCGUGGUGGUGCUAACCUUACGAGUGAUGCACGAGUACAUUGUAUGCGUCUUAUUAAAAGCAUAGGUGUCGCAGAAAGUAUCGUAUUUCUCUAUCCUAGACUCAUUCCGGUUCAUAAUCUUUCUGAUCAGGUUGGAUAUCCUAAUCAGUAUGGCAAAGUUAAAUUACCUCCACUAAUACGAGUAUCCUAUGAUAGGCUUGAAAGUGAAGGAGCAUAUUUACUAGAAAAUGGACAUAUUUUGAUUUUUUGGAUCGGACGUCAAAUAUCAUCUGAAUUUAUAAAUAAUGUUUUUGGAGUAGAUUCAAUUGAGAAAAUUAACUCAAAACUUUCUUCUCUUCCUGAGCUUGAAAAUCCUACUUCAAUACGAAUUCGAUCCAUCAUAUCAUACCUUCAAACUCAAAGAUCGAAAUAUUUACGAUUGACAAUUGCAAGAAUGCAAAUAGAUGCUACCGAAAUUGAGUUCCAUAACUUAUUAGUUGAGGAUGAAAACAAUGGAGCUAUGUCAUAUGUUGAUUACCUUUGUUAUAUUCACAAACAAAUUCAAACCGAGGUUAAUAAUAUGAGUGAUUAG